CAUGUGUUGAAUAAAAAAAAAAAAAAUAAUAAAUAAAAAAGUAAUAAAAAAUGUAUUAUACAUGGAGUAAAUUAAAAAAAAAAAUUAAAUGAAAAUUUCACGAGGACAAAUCAAUCGGACAAUAUUGCCAAUUUAGUUGAUAAUUUCCUGGCAAUUUUCCGACUAAUUUGUACUACUUUUCCUGAUAAAAAUUUAAAGAUAAAUUUCAAGGUAAAAUUGAUCAAUUUAUUAAUAUUCAUUUAGCAUUCAAUUAUCAGCAAAAAAAAAAAAUCUUAAUUUCUUUUUUAUUGCUUUUUUAAGCUGUUAAAUUUAGUGCUGUUAUUAUUUUAUUUUUUUGUUUUAAUACUAGACUUUUAUUGAUGUAAAUUUUAUUUAUUGUUAAUGUGUAUUUUUAUAUCAGUAUUAGAAAAAAAAAAAUUAGAACAAGUUCUAUUAAUUUUUUCCUCACUUUUCUUAUUAUUUCUUUGACUCUUCGUCAUUGUCGUCGUUAUUGCUGAUGUUGUCUUUGUCAUAAUUAUUAUAAUAUCAUGCUGACAUUUAAAUUUCAACUGUUUUCGAUUACAGCAAUUAAUUGUGUAGGUGUAUAGUGAUAUGCCCCAACUACUACACUAUGACGUAGUCAACAAGACUGACUUGCAUAUUGACUUGUUUGGUUUUGACCAUUUUCGGAAAUCCGGUUCCAAUUCAAUCAACAUUGCAAACUCACAAAAAUCAAGAUACAAUUUUUUCAUAUUCAAUUAUUAAUUAAUUUUUAUUAUUGUUUAUUUAAUAUUAAUAAAUAUUAUUAUUUUCUUUUUUGAUAGUUUUAUGUAUUGUUUGAACGUGGGACCAUCAGAAAAUAUCGUCAAACUUGACCGAACACUUAUUACGGUUAAUGUAAAGAAGACAUAUCAUGUAGGCGGUUGUUUUAAUGACACACCCUCACGUUUUAUUCAUCUUUAUUUUUUUUUUUUUUUUUAUUAUUAUUCUUAAACGACACAAUGACCAAGAAUCAUGAAAAGUUCAAAAAAAUAUAUAUGCAAUAUUAUCUGACGCAUCCUGAAUAUAUUUUUAUAUCCUCAAUAAUUAUCAUGGUAAUUUCUUUAUAAUUUAUAAAAUAUGUUGUAUUAUCAUUUUCAAAAAAUGUUAAGUUAAAAUUUUAACAUUUAUUUUCGACAUAAAUUCACGUUAAAUUGAGAUAAGAUUUUAAGAUAAAAAAAAAAAAUUGUAGACUUCUAUUUUAACAUUUGAAAAAUGUUUAAUUUUACUUUUUUUUUUUUUAAAAACUGUAUACUGAAAAUUCAAGCAUAAAGUUAUUUAACAUCCGGUGAAAUAUAAUGUUUUUUUUAUUUUUAUUUCUAUGGAGCUUAAUCACUCGUUGAGUUUGCUCAUCAUAUUUUAAUGACUCAAAAAUUACAGGAGAAAAAUCAAGUAAGCUGGUUAAAUAAUUACAUUAAUUCACAUGAAUCAUUCAAGUCAUUAGAAAUUAUUAUAAGCUAUAGUUGUUAAAAGUUAACUCGUCACUCAAUCAAUUUUUUAAAAUUAUUUUUUAUAUAUCUCGUUUAACCGUUAUACUAUAUAUAAAAUUUAAAAUUGCAAAUGAAUUAAAUUUAUAAUAAUAUGAUAAAAUUAUAAAAUUACAAAAUUACAUUGUCGCGCAAUUAUAUUCUAGUGUUAGUGUCAUGGUUCAACUAUCAAAAUAGUUUAUUUAAAUAUAUAAAUAGCAACCCUCAACAUGUCUACAUGUAUAUCACUUACCCCUCAGUACAAAAAAACAACUUAAAAUAUAAAUGGAAAAUUUUCUACCGUCUUUGCAAUUAAUCUAUUUAUGUAUUUCCGGAUAUAUUUAUUUUAAUUUUUCUUAAGAUACAAUUAAUUCCAUCAUGCUAGUUUUAUUUUUAUAACAAAUUUUCAUUUCAUCAAAAAAUAAAUAAUGAUAGUUGUAUAAAACUAUUCACCCUCCUUAAAGAUAUUUAUUUAAAAAAAAGAAAAGAGAAAAUUAAAAAUGAAAAAUGGAAAAGUUGAAAGACGAAAAUAAAUUGUUUCGAAUGACUUUUGUGUGUAGAAAAUUUAAGAAAUAAAAAAGGGAUAAAAAUUUCUUGGCAUAGUUGUGUUGUCUGGGAAUUCAAAGUGGCUUUAUUGGGAAUUGAAUUGUAAGAGAAAUUAAAUUAUAUCUGGUUUUAAUAAUUUUAUUUUUCUUCAAUAAUCUCUUUGAUGAUGAUGAUGAUUUUAUUUUUCAAAUCUAAUGCUUCUCAACUUGUUUAUUCAUUUAUAAAUUUUUAAAUUAAAAACAUGAAUGAGUAUUAAAAAAAACAAAUUAACUUUUUUUUCGAAUUAAAAUUCAUUAUUAUAUAUUUUUUUAUUUUUUGAUCUUUGAUAAAUGUUAAAUCGUAGUCAUGUGGUAUACAGGGGAAUAUUAUCUGUCACAUUUGGAGCAUUCCCGUCUCUUCAGUGAGUUGUGUGUGCCAAAAAUACCACGUUCCCCAUCUAACAAAUCAAAAAGGGAAUAACUAAGAGUCUAUUUCUCUUGAAAAAAUAAAAUUAAAAAAAAAAACCAUUUUUUUUUUUUAAAUAAAAAUAAAAGGCCAAGAGGCGAGGAUAAAAGUAGAUUUUGGUCCUAGUGCCACUUCUCAUCAAGUCGUCGUCUUAACAAGACUCCAAAACUUUAAGUGCAUAUUUUUUUUAAUUUUAUCAUUCAUCUUCAUUAUCAUUAAAUUCAAUUUUUCAAGUGUUAAAAAUGAAGUGUAUUUAAUAAAAGCUAAUUAAACAAAUACAAAAAAAAAAAAACUUAAAAUAAUCUAAAUAUAUUGCUUGUUAAAUUUUCAUAUUAAAAAUGCCAUUAAGAAUUGAAAGUCGUACAUACACGGUGAAUCCUGGAGAAUGUAAAAAAAGUCCAUCAAAAUUUUUUAUAUGGAAAAAUUUACGAUGCAGUGUACAUGAAGAGUGCAGAACAGAGAAGAUAAAUCAACAAAGAAGUGGUCCAGGUGUUGACGAGGUGGCGGGUCUUAUUGAGGAUAACGGCAACAACGACAAAACGACAUCGUCAGUGUUGCCAGGCAGUGGCAGCGUGACCAGUGGCAGGUCGUCAAGUCGUCGUACCAGGCCACUAUCACUUGCUGUCCAGCCACUUAAUUAUCAUCGUCUUGAUCCUGAUAAUAUUAUAACAAUAACAACAAAUUGUUGUUCAAAUAAUAAACAUCCAAAUAUGACUAGUCAAGAAAGCAUUGGUAACUGCAGUCUAGAUGUUGAUCGUUCAGCCUCUGACCGUUCAGAAGCAACAAUUGAUUCAAUAUCUGAAAGAACACUUCACAGUUUAAAUUUAUCAUACAAUGGUGAUACAUCACCAGCAAUAAAUACACCAAUAAAUAGUGAUAAAGAUAUAAUAACAAAUAGUAAUAAUAAUACAAUAAAAUCACCAAUUAUAGAAAUAUCAAAUGGUGAUAACGAUACAGAACAAGUUAUUGUUAAAAAACCAAGUUAUUUGGGUCUUGCUUGUAGCAUAAGUGGAUAUUCUGGUAUAACAAGAUACGAUAGUAAAUUAAGAGAAGGAUUUAGAUCACGUGAUAGUAGUCCUGGAUCAAGACUUAUAACAAGAGAUUCAAGUCCUGCUGGUUUUAGAUCAAGUGAAAAUCUUGAUAUUCCAACACAAUCGUAUCAAAAAAAUCAAUCAAUAUCACCACUUGCAAUGGAUCAUCAAAAUGGUUUUACAAAUGGUAGUAAUAAAGAAUGCAAAAUACAAAAUUUUGUUGAUACAAGAACAAAUAAUAAUGACAAUCAAGGUUAUACUGAAGUUGAUAGAGGUGUUACACUUCAUACACUUGGUGAAUUAAGUCCAAUUCAUGGUACAACAUCAAAAAAUAUUAAUUAUUCACGUGAAACAACAAAAACAUAUACAUCAAAUAUAACAUUUUCAUCACCAAAAACAACAACUGGUAAACAACAAUUAACAUUUAAUGAAACAAAUAAAUUAAAUAGUUCAUUUAAUAAUUAUGAUAAUGAUUCAUUAUUAAAUUCAUCAACAAAUAGUGAAAAAUCAUUUAUACAACAACGUGUUGAAAGAUUAUAUGGUCCUGGUGCAUUAGCACAAGGUUUUUUCUUUAAACGUUCAUCAUUUAAUCAAUCAAAUUCUAGUAAUAAUAGUUUAAAUGAAUCGAGAAAUAAUAAUAGUAAUAAUAAUAUCAAUAAUAGUAUCAAUAAUAACAACAAUAAUAAUAGUAAUUCAUUUAUUGACAAUGCAAAUGCUGAAGAAUCAUUAAAAAAAUUACCAGUUUUACGACAUUUACGUCCAGAAUUUAGAGCUCAAUUACCAGUUGUUAGUCCAAGACGACCAACUGAUGGUACUGAACAAAUUAUAAAACCAUUACAAAGGCUAUCAAUACCAAUUAAAAAACAAGAUGUUAAUAAAUCAAUAAUAUUAAUUAAAACAAAUGAUGAUGAUAAUGAUGAUAAAUUAAAAUUAAAUACAAGUGUUAUUAAUAAUAUACCAGAUCAACAAUUAGCAGCACCAGUUGUUGUAUUACCAGUGCUUGAAAAAAAAAUUAAUACAAAUAAUGGUAUAACUGAAGCUAAAAUUAAUAUUGAUGAUAAAAAAGAUGGACAUUAUUUUAUUAAAUUAUUAAAAGCUGAAAUUAAAAGAUUAUUUGCACUUGCUGAAUCAGCUGAAGUUGAAUUAAUUAAUGGUGAACAAUUACCAGAAGAAGCAGCUGGUAAAUUACGUUCAGCUGCUGGUAAAGCUAGACUUCUUGCAACACAAAAAAUGCAACAAUUUGAAGGACUUUGUCAUAAAAAUAUUACUCAAAUUCCUGGAGAAGAAUUUCCUACAACUGAUGAAGAUUUAGCUGGUUUUUGGGACAUGGUAAUGCUUCAAGUUGUUCAAAUAAAUGAUAUAUUUGAUCAUAUUGAUAAAUUACGUAAAUCACAAUGGCAAGAGAUUGCUGUUGAAACUAAAAAAUCAAAUAUUCAAAAUACAAAUGGUAAUAAAAGAAGAAUAACACAACUACAAAAACCAAAAACAACAGUUAACAGUGAAGCUAAUAGAAAAGUACGUGAAGCAAGAGAACAAGCACGUCGUCAAAUGAUUGAAGAUCGUAGAAAAGCUAUGAAAACACAGGUAGAACCAACAGUUAAAAUAUUUGCUCCAAAAACAUAACAAUUGGUAAAAUAAUUAAUAAAAUUCGAUUAAAAAAAAACAUGACAAAAGAGCAAAUGUAAGAAUAAAAAAAAAAAUCAAUUACUACUUUAUUCUUGACGGGUAUAAUUAAUUAACUUCUGAAACUGAUUUAUACAUUUUUUUUUAUAUAAAAAAUUAGCUAAGUCAUUCCUUUGUUUUUUUCUUUAUUAUUUUUUUUUUUUUCAUUGUUUAAAUUUUUAUUGAUGUAUAUGGAAGAAGAGGAAAGAAAAAACGACAUGAAAUAAAUGACAAUUAAUUUUAUCUGUUAUUUGAUUAAGUUUUUGUAAAUAAUAAUAAUUGUCACAAUUUUUCAAGUAUCAUAUAAACUUUUUGCUUAUUGUAUUGUUGACGCAUCAUUUUAAAAUAUGAAAUAUUAUUAUAAUUUUCACGUUUUUUUUUUUUUUUUUUUUUAUACAAUCAUUGAUAAAUAUUUUGAUAAAUGAGUUAUUAAUUAAUUAUUGUAAAACAUCGCGUAAGUCAAGUAUUAAGAAUAUGAUGUUUUUAUCUUUGAAAGUAAGGCUGGAUUUUCUUUUUCUUUUUUUUUUUUUUUCAUUAAAAAGAUAGAUUUUCAUAAAUAUACAAUUAAAAGAUAAUUUUUAAUAUUUAAGUUUUUUUUUUUUUAAUUGAAAAGUUGAGUCAAUGAUUGAAUAAUUAAAUAAAAUAAUUGAUUAAUGGGUAUUUAAAGCAUUUUUGCCAAAUACCAAACAUCUAAUACUCAUAGUAACGAUAAUAUUUUUAAAUUAAAAAUCAACAGAUAUUAUUGUAUAUAAAUAAUUGAAAUAAUAGAAUUAAAAAUUAAAUUUUAGUCAUAGUGUAUGACAAAAUAUUGCCUUUUAUUCGGCCCGAAAAAAAAGUAUAAUAAAAAUAUCAAUUUGUCUAGUUGUUGGUCUAAUGUAGUUUAUUUAAAAAAUAAUUAUAUUAUGUACUUUACCUCAACUCAAUAAUCAUCGAAACAAUAAAAUGAAUAUAAUUUUAAAUUUACAAUUGAUAUACAUUUAUAAAAUAAAUCAAUUUAUAAUUAUUUUAAAUCAACUUUCAAGAAAAAAACAAUUUAAUUUUUCAUCUUUAUUAUCAUUACUCUUUCAAUGAAUUUUAUUUAUCUCAAUUUAUAAACAAAAAAUAUGGGUAAAAGCUUGUCUUUAUUUUAUUUUUUUGGAGAAUAAAUAUAGAAUAUAAUAAAUAAAUAAAAUAAUCAUUUGUUUUCACUUUAUGCAUAUGAUAAUUUUUUUUUUUUUAAUAUUCAUUCAAUUUUAUUCAGAGGCAGCUAAUUUUGUAUUUUUCAUUCAACUGUAAUUAUUCUUUUUUUUUUUUUUUGAAUAAAUAACAAAUGGGAGCGAAUAGAAUUUCCUCGAUAAUUGAAAUAAAAAGAAGAAUGAAAUUCUAUCAAUGACAUUUAAUUUGUCACUUGAUUUUUAAAAAGUCAGAGGAUCAAAUUAAACUGUACCCUUUUUUUUUAUUCAUUUUUUAUAAACUAUUGUGUUAAUAUUGUAUUGUGUAUAAUUUCUACGACAUUUAUAACAUGUAAAAAUAAAAAAUUGAAUUAUUACAGUUGAAGCACGAGUAGAAAUAAGGUCAGCAAAAUUAACUGUAUAAAUAAUUUCACUUAUUGGCAAUAAAAAAAAAUUGUUAAAUUAAUUGGAAAUUUAAUAAAAAUCACUUGAUUA